AUGGCUGGUUCACAACUGAAGAAACUGAAAGCUACUUUAAAAGAGCAUGGCCUAACAGGUCAAGCUAAUAUUAAAAAGAAUAAAAAGAAUACUAAAAGAAAGGCUACAGAAUAUGACCGUGAGGAGAAAGUCAGAGUUAUCAACAAGAUCAGAGAACAAUUUAACCCAUUUGAGGUUAAGGCUACCAGAGAUAAAAGAAAUGAGAAAUCCAAAGAUAAGAAUAAUACUUCUAAUAGAGUGGCUGUUGGGAAACCAGGUAUUUCUAAACAGAUUGGUGAGGAACAAAGAAAACAAUCGUAUGAAGCAAGAAAAUUAAUUCAAAAUAAACGUGGUGGUUUAGUGGAUAGACGUUUUGGUGAAAGAGAUAAGAAUCUGACCGAAGAAGAAAAGAUGUUGGAACGUUUCACUAGAGAAAGACAAAGCCAGUCUAAGAAAAAACAAAAUUUAUAUAAUUUAGAAGAUGAUGAGAACGUCUAUGGUGAUGAUGAUGACAUAAAUCCUUUCGAUAUCACGUUGACCCAUGGUGGUGUUGCAUUGGCUACUGAGACUGGCUUUUUGGAUGAAGAUAAUGGCCUUCCAUUAAACAAAAGAGCUGGUUUAUAUGAUGAUUCGGCCGAUGGCAGUGCGUUAGGUCAAUCAGGACCUGCUAGAAAGAAGACCAAAACUGAAGUCAUGAAGGAAGUUAUCGCCAAGUCUAAGCAUUACAAACAAGAGAGACAAAAAACUCAAGCUGCUUUAGAGGACAAGAUUGAUGACUUAGAUGAGAAUUUCGAUGACAUUAUGUCAGCCUUAAUGCCUACUCAAACCAAGCCAAAGUCUAUUCAACCAAAGAGUAAUAUUGAUAUAGAAUAUGAUACUAAGUUUAGAGAAUUGAAUUCUGAUCAAAGAGCAGUACCUUCAGAUAGAACUAAGACAGAAGAAGAAUUGAAGAAUGAGGCAGAGGAGAAAAAGAAGAAAUUAGAACAACAAAGAUUGGACCGUAUGAAAGGUAUGGUUGAAAAUGAAGAUGGUGAAGAACACGGUGUCGAGGAUUUAGAUGAUGGUUUCUGGUCAAAUGACGAUGAAAAUGAAAAUAUGGAAGAUGAACUAGCUAAUUCAGAUGAUGAUGUUAAUUUUGAUACUGAUAAGAAUGAAACUGAUGCAGAUGAAAAUGAUAGAAUUACAAAAAAAGUUCAAUCCUUCAAUUGUCCAACAACACAUGACGAAUUAUUAAACGUGUUGGAAUCAUACUCCUUCAAGGAACAUCCUAUUGUAAUUAAGAAAAUAAUCAAAUUGUAUCAACCAAAACUAGCUGAAGGUAAUAAAGAAAGACUUGGUAAACUGACCGGAAUUUUGCUGAGACACAUAAUGUUUAUCGCUGGACAGGACUAUUCUUCUUUUAUCAAGGAUUUUGAAGCUGUCACUAAUUCGUUGGUUGCAAUCUUAAAAACUUUAUCUGAAAAAUACAACCAAAGUCUCUCCGAAGAAGCUAGAAAUAUCUUAAUUGAAAUUCAAGAAAGAUUUAAACUACAUCAUUUUGCAGGUUUAUCUAAUAGUGACUUGAUCUUUUUCAUAAUAACUGGUACGAUAUUUUCAACUUCGGAUAUGUAUCAUUUAGUUGCAACUCCAAGUGCUUUACUUAUUAGCGAAAUCCUAGAGCAAAUGAAGUACAACACUGUUGAUAAAGUAGCUUAUGGUGCUAUUCUUGCUCAAAUAUCUUUGAAAUAUCAAAGAAUUUCUAAACGUUUUGUACCUGAACUAUUAUACUUCUUCGAGAAAUCUUUGUCAGCCUGUCUGGAUUCGAAAACGAUGAAAAUAGAAAAUGGGUUGACAUUUUCCAAAGAUGACAAACAUAUCUUAAAACUACACAUUAUCUCUCAUGGCAAUGAUACUAAAGAUACAAAAUUUCAAAAAACAUUAAUAUUGAAUUUGCUAAAUUCCUUAGAAACUGCAAUUUCAACUAUCUGGAAAGAGCUAUCUGCAUUCCCUGAGAUUUGUAUACCGAUUAAAAAUGUUCUACAAAGUCUUUUAACAAGGUUCCCGAGUCUGAAUAUAACAUCUCAAUUGAUAGAGAAAAUCGAGAGAUUGAUGAAAUUCAAUGAGCAUGUACCACUUACAAUGCAAAAUCAUAAACCAAUGGCUAUCCCAUCACAUGCACCUAAAUUUGAAGAAAACUUCAACCCUAAUAAGAAAUCUUAUGAUCCAGAUGUGAGAAGAAACGAGAUUAAUAAGAUGAAAGCUCAACUAAAGAAGGAGCGUAAGUUUACUAUGAAGGAACUACGUAAGGAUACUAGGUUCGAGGCAAGACAAAGAAUUGAUGAAAAGAAGAAGGAUGCGGAACAGUACCACGCAAAGAUGGCCCAUAUUUACAAUACUAUUAGUACCGAAGAGGGUGCCGAAAAGAACAAAUACGAAAGAGAGAGAAAGCUACGCUCUGGUAAAAAAUAG